CUCUCCUCAGCUGGAGAGAAGCUGGAUAUUUUUUUUAUAUUUUUUCUGGAAUCUACAACUACUUCCAUCAGUUUUUUUCUUUCCUCUCUCAUCCCACCACCACCAAUUCCUCCAUUAAUAAAUACACAAGCUAGCACUUGUGUUUGGCAGGUGUUCAUACACUGCUUCUCUUCGAUACUCAUCCCCUCUAUUGGAUCUCUGUCUCUCUCUCUCUCACACACACACACACACACACACAAAUCACUCUAAUGGCUUCAAGGAGAAUCUUGAAGGAGCUAAAGGACUUGCAGAGAGACCCACCAACUUCUUGCAGUGCAGGUCCAGUGGCCGAGGACAUGUUCCACUGGCAAGCAACCAUCCUCGGCCCAAACGAUAGCCCUUACGCCGGUGGUGUGUUCGUGGUGACUAUCCAUUUCCCGCCUGAUUAUCCCUUCAAACCUCCAAAGGUAGCAUUCAGGACCAAAGUUUUCCACCCAAAUAUAAACAGUAAUGGCAAUAUUUGCUUGGACAUACUCAAGGAACAAUGGAGUCCUGCUCUUACCAUAUCCAAGGUUUUACUGUCGAUAUGUUCAUUAUUGACGGACCCAAACCCAGAUGAUCCACUGGUUCCAGAGAUAGCUCACAUGUGCAAAACUGACAAAGCUAAGUAUGAGUCCGCUGCUAGAAGCUGGACCCACAAGUAUGCCAUGGGUUGACCCGACCCGACCCAUGUUUGCUGUUGCCCCCCCCAAAAAAAAUCACCUUUUUUUUUGGUUUUUUAUUUUAUAUUUUAUAUAAUAAAACAAAGUCUCAUAAAAGGCUGUACCUUUGUAAUUUGAGCAUCUAUUUACCUAGAAUAAAGUGUUGCCCAAUGUAUUAAUCUGCUACAAA